AAAUUAAAAUAAAUAAACAACUCAAAAAAUUACAACAACAUUCAGCGCAAAUUAUACAAAGCAAGUGGUCAAACCGGUGCGAAGCGUUAAGUUAUUUAUUAUAUAGGCGCACGCUGAAAACACCUGUCUGCCUUUUUAAAAGCAACAACAACAACAACAACAACGACAACUAUCAAAUGUUAUUUCCUUGUUGACAUUUAACAAGUGGAAAAUAAACAAAAAUCAACGUAAAUGACUAACACGAAAUGCACGUUAACUUUUUUUAUUGGCCAACAACAAUAGCAAAGCAUACACGUAGCAAAGCACAAAUUGUAACAAUAACAAUAACAAUAACAAGGAUUGAUAAAACACAAAAUAUUGUACAUGAAAAAAAGAUAUCCAGCAGUUUUUAGCAGGCAGAAAGUUCAAUAGGCCGGCAUAGCUUUGCAAAGCAAAUUUGUAUGAACCAAGCUUACUCGUCAAGAAAGGCAGACAGUUGGAAAGUGUGCCGGUAAAACAAGUGGUGAUUCAUGCGGCAUUGAGUGUUUGUAAAUUUUGAGAAUAUUUGGCAGGCAAAUGAGCGCCGGUAACACCGCCGAAAUGUAAUAAGAGAUGACUGAGACUAGAUAGAAUACUAAACGAAAUUGAAAAAGGCAAACAAAAGCGCUAAAGCCAAUAACAAAAUAAAGGCUAAAAACUUACAUGUAUACGUAAAAAAUGUGUAAGCCUUGAACAGACCAAAUAAAUGUUCAUAAUAAUAAUAAUAAGCCGAUGACACACCACAGUCAACAGACAGCGAAACAUAUACACGUAUGCAUGUGCAUGUGUAUGGGCAUUGCACGAAAUUAAUGUGAAUAAUUUAUUUGAUAUUGAUUGAUUGAUAUACGCUUAAGUCCCGACAAAAAAGGAUAUUAAUGAAAAAUGCAAAAAUUAUAAAACAAUAAAUAAUAAUAAUCAAAAAUCUUCCUUUUGCUGCCAUAAAUGCAUAAGUAGUUAAAGCAAAGUUCUUCAAAUCCUACCAAAAUAAGCGGCAAAGAUCACAUGCAAGAAAAGGACUCAAAAAAGUUCCAGGUUGUUUGAUAGCGGUUAUAUUAAGUGACGCACACAGCUAUUUAUAUACACAUACAUAUACAUAUGUUUUAAUAUUGUAUUAAACACUGACUUUCGAAAAGGCCUUCAACGAUUUAAUGCAGUUUGUUGCUCCACUUUUGAGUUUCUCAGCAAAUUAAUCUAUUAUUAUAUAUUUAAUUACACGCGUUGUUUGUAUCUACAUACAUAAAAUCUCUAAUAACUUUGCUUAGAUCAUAGAAAAUAAUAAAUAAUUAAACAAAAAAUGUGCUUUCGCGGUAUAAUCGAUUGCCUCUUCGGCUGUUGUAGGUCGAAGAAAACACACGGCCUCAAUGAGAGUUCGUUCUACGACUAUGUGGAACCGUUACCCGUGUAUCAAAACGAAAAGAUCGGCACCUUGAAGGAGGGCGUUAGCUUUACGGUGACCGGCAGCAUUUUGCUCAACUGCGAGCGAUUUUCCAUCAAUUUCAUUAUUGAGAACACACAUCGCGACGUUGCGCUGCACAUCAAUCCGCGCCUGCCACAAAACUACAUUGUGCGCAACACGAAAGUGAAAGGUGUCUGGGGCAAGGAGGAGGUCUCAUCAGCACUGCCAUUCUCACUGCAUCGUGGUAGCACAUUCGCCAUACAGAUAUUCAUAAUGGAUAGCGAUUAUCUGAUCUCUGUGAAUGGCGUACAUUUCGCCAAAUAUGCGCAUCGUUUGCCCUACGCAUCGGUAUCCACUAUUGAGGUGAAAGGCGACGUGGAGGAUGUGAGUAUGGAACGUGCAGAGGUGGAUUUCUACCCCGAACACAUACCCGGCUUCGAUCCCAAAGAGAUACGUACGGCGCUGGAUAUUUUCGAUGAACAGCCGAAUGGCGAUAAGACCGCGCUGAUGCCAUACGAUGAAGUGGAUGGCUCGAAUUUAGAUUGGGCACCGCUGGGCAUUAAAAGUUCGAUAGCUUUAAUGAAGAAUAUCGCUUGUGGCAUACCGUUGCCCUACUAUGGCUUGCUGCCAGCGGAUUCGUUGAAAGUGGGGCGUUGCUUGCAGAUUGUGGGGCGCGUUAAGCUGCUGCCACAAUCAUUCUACAUUAAUCUCCAAAAGGGCCAGCAGUACUGGCCACAUCCGAUUAUCGCAUUUCAUUUCAAUCCGCGUUUUUCGAAGCAGAGCGGCGCUAUUGGGAAGGCGAUUGUGUGUCGAAAUGCUUGGCUUGAUGGCGCGUGGGCGGAGGAGGAGCGCUCAGAAUUGGAUACAGAAUUUCGCCCGGGCAAAAUAUUUCGGCUGGCCAUUGUGUGUGCGGAGAAUGCAUUUGAAGUGUAUUUGAAUGAAAAACUUAUAACCGACUUCAGGUACCGUAUCAAACCGGAUAUCGUGGAUACGGUCUAUAUACAGGGUGAUAUAAAAUUGCGUAGCGUUGUGCUGCUUAGCAAUUUGUCGCCAAAGGGCACGAGACGCAUUUACACAAACCCGCUAUUCAGGUAUAACUAAUGAAUGGUGGCGGCGUAAGAAAAGGAAAAUGGGGGCACUAAAGUAAAAGUGGAUAAAUAGCGCUCUCUGCAGUGCAUAGUUCUUAUGCGUUCGAAAUGGAAGAAUGGAAAGCUGUAAAGCUUUCGCCACGGCUGCGAAUCCGUGAGAGCCAUACUUGAUAUGGCUGUGCAAAUAGGUGUUACUUUAUUUUACUGUUACCAAACACAUUUAUGCAUAUAUUUUGUUUUCCGAACAAUAUAUAUAUUUUUUAUAAUCUAUCUAUAAAGUUCAUUUCACUAUUAAUUAGCAGCUUAGCUUUAGUCAAAAAAAAAAAUUAAAAAAAAAUCAAACACUCAUAACACUCAAUCAAAGAUUAGACCAAAAUAUUACUUUAUAAAAUAAUUAUUUAACCAAAAACGGCGUUUGAUAAGACACAAAUUGUUAUAAGAAUUUUCGUGUUUUCGAUUCCAUGAAUUUGUUCUCUAUCAAUACAUUUGUAUGUAUGCGAAUAAUACUUCAAUAAAAGACGUUAACAAACUCUAUAACUAUGUAUGUACAUAUACUCGAAAGCUAACUCGUCUUAAAAUUAAUUUCCCAGACAAUAAUUAACCUAGUCAAUGAGUGUGUGGAAGAAAAGAAAGAAAAACCAACCGGUGGUGUUCAAAGUAGUUGUCGGUUGGUCUUGUUACACUUGUAUACUUUUACAUAUACGUAAAUAUUUUGCAUUAAAUAUGUAAGUUUUUCAAAACUCGAAGCUUAAAUUUUAAAAUUAAAAUUACCUUAAAGGAUUUGUGAUGUUUUAUUGUUAUAAAAAUCUAUCGUUAGAAAUCUACUUAAAUAAUUGAAAGUGUUUGAAUUGAAAAUCGGAACAUUUUAUAUACUCUACAUAUAUAUUUGUUGUAUUCUAAGCUGUUUGUCUUGAAUAAUUAUGCGCUGUAUUACUUUAAACUAAAUAAUAAAUAGAUUACGUCUGCUUUUAAAAUGAGCUGCAAUAUGAAAA